AUGAAUGUCAUUGGCAAUGCGAUGUGGCGACUUCAAUGCAAACUCAAAACUCUAAGCAAAAAUAUUAGCCAAUUGUCCAGGAAUAUUAUUGGUAAUGUGAAGGAACAAGUCAGUAUUUGGGAGGCCAAGGUCCAAGCAUUAGAAGAGCUGGACAUUCUCAAUAACACAGAGCAUGAUAGGGAGGAGCUAAACAAGGGCCAUGCAGAAUAUGUUAGAUGGAUGGGUAUGCAAGACUCUCUUCUAAGACAAAAAGCACGGAUUAAAUGGUUCAAAGAUAGGGAUUGCAAUAGCAAAUUCUUUCAUAAUGUGCUUAGAGACAAAAGAAAGAGGCUACAAAUAUACAAAAUCAAGAACCACAGAAAUAGAUGGGUUCAAGGUGAAGAUAAAAUUGCAAGAGCAACAAUCAAAUAUUACAACACUUUCUUCAACCUUAACCAACCAACUUUGAAUCAUGAUUUGCUGCAAUGUAUUCCUCAAUUGAUUACAAAGGAGGAAAAUAUUUUUCUUAAUAGCAUGCCUAAUAAAGAUGAAGUUAGAGAGGCUAUCUUUACUAUGAAUCCUGAUAGUGCUGUUGGACUAGAUGGUUAUAAUGGAAUUUUUUUUCAAACAUGCUGGAAUAUUGCCAAGCAAAAUAUCAUGGACUUUGUUGCAGAAUUCUUCAAUGAAAAAGAAUUGACUAAAUUCUAUACUCAUACUUGUUUGGCUCUUAUACCAAAAGUGGAGAAUCAUUCCACCUUUUCUGAUCUUAGGCCCAUCAGUUUGAGCAAUUACACCAAUAAAACCAUCUCCAGGAUUAUUUCUAGAAGACUCAAUCCUCUGUUAAACAAGUUAGUGUCCAGGAAUCAAAGUGACUUUAUUUCUAGUAGACUAAUCACAGAAAAUGUUAUGCUUACCCAGAAAAUUAUCCAUAAUAUAUCCAAGAUGAAUACUGGGAAAAAUAUUGUUCUAAAGCUUGAUAUGGCCAAGACCUACGAUAGAAUGUCAUGGACAUUCCUUGUGGCAGUCUUAAAAAGGUUUGGCUUUUCCGAUGCUUGGAUUAAUAGUAUUUGGAGACUUAUCUCCAACGUGUGGUAUUCUGUUCUUAUUAGUAGAUCCAAAAAUAGAUUCUUCUCUUCAUCACAAGGCCUGAAACAAGGUGAUGCGCUAUCCCCUUCACUCUUUAGUUUAGCAUCAGAGGUCCUCUCCAGGUCACUCAACAACCUACACAACAACAACAACAACAACAACUUUAUUCCUUUCUCCAUGAAUCAAAGAGGUCCUCAGAUUAACCACUUUGCCUAUGCAGAUGAUAUUAUCAUUUUUAGCAGUGGCAACAGCAGGCCAGUGAAGCUGAUUAUGAAGCAAAUUACCAAUUAUGAGAAGGCUUCUGGUCAAGGGAUCAAUAUGAUUAGAGCUUAUACUGGUUUUAUGGAUAAAACUUUUUCGUUUACAUAUUUGGGUUGCCCUAUCUAUGUAGGGAGGAAGAAGAUUUGUUAUUUUGAUGAUAUGUUCACUAAAGUUGUAAAGAGACUCAAUGGGUGGCAAGGAAGGUUUAAGAUUAACACAUAUGGAAGUUUUCUAGGCAACAAUUCAAGAGCAGGCAUCAGAGAAGUUAUCAGGAGUGAAAUAGGUGAUUUGGUUAUGCCAUUUUCAAUUCCCAUCCAAUGCAAUAGCAACAACCAAGCAGAGGCACAAGCAACCAAGUAUGAGGUAGACUGGUGUUGUCAAAAUGGAAUACGUGCUUUCGAUUUGGAAUUAGACUCUCUGAUUUUGACAAAUAUGCUGAAAAAUGAAGACACCAACAAUCUCAAGCUUAGAAAGAUGAUCAAACACAUCACCUCGACAGUAAGUAAGGCAGAGGUACACUUCAUCCAUUGCUUUAGAGAAGCAAAUCAAGUGGCAGAUUCUUUAACUAAGUUAGCCUUGUCUAGUGGAAACGGUACCUUCUACUACUCUUUUCAACAACUUCCGAAAGAGGUGAAGGGACAUUUUCAACUUGACGAAUGGCAACUUCCUAGUAUUAGAAGAAGAUACGAUAAAAGUAAUUUCUUUGUAAGUUGA